AUGACAGGGGAUGGCGACGAGGCUGUGUAUGCGUCCAUCCUGGCAGACGUGAAGCGCUCAGAGUUGCACAAUCAGCUGCAUAAGGUGCUGCAGGCUGCGUCGGAUCAUUUGAGACCAAGUGGCGACUGGCUGCCUAUUACGCUGCAGACGCAGCUCAAAAGCAUCGAGGAACUACAUAGCAGAUUGGAGACCGCAGUGGAUGCGCUAGAGAUGAAUGCAAAAGGCAAGAGAGCGAAGAAAAGAAAAAGACCUCUUGCCAAGGAGACACUUGAACCCGAAAAGGAGGACGAGGUUGUCUUGGUGGAAGUGAGAGGAUCCCUACAAGAUAAACUAAAUCGAAACCAUAGCAACACGACGACAGCGAAGAAGAGAGACACGUUCGAGCAGCAGGAGGGAUCCGAUGUGGAGUGUUUAGAAGUUAUAGAUCUCGGUACGAGGAGGUCGGAUGCAGCAAUAGACGAUCGAAACAGUGAGGAAGCAGUAGAGCGACGAGCUGAGAAUCCAGCACAGGAGCAACAGGAGAAUGGAGAUUCCGAUGUGGAGGUUAUUGAGGUGGUGGCGGCUGAGAGGAGAACCGAACUUAAUGUGAAAGAGCAGAGGGAUGUAGAUGUGAUGAGUGAAAGUGACGAGUUGCCGUGCGGUUUGGUGAGACUAACUCGUGACGCCACGCCGGUUGAAGCCAUGCAUGAGACCGGAGCUCAAGACACGGUAGAAUCUCCUAUUGAGUUGGAAGUGUUGGACACUUCCGACUCGGAGCAAUCAGUAAUGGAGAUGUCAGAUGCGGAAGAGAUAGCAAUUGAACUGGACGUCCCUGAUUCCGACUCGGACGACGAUUUCUCUCCCUGUAAGGAACUGAGGAGGAAGCCGAUGAACUUGGAGUAG